AUGGCUUGUAUGUAUACAUCCAAAAAGGGACGAAUCUCACGUCUCAAAGGUGGAUGCAAGUUAACUGUGCUUACGCAGGAAAACGGAGCAAAAGUUUACAAAAUUUGCCAAAUUCCUUGUAACAUCUUACCAUCAAGUGACUUCCACUCCAGCAUAAUACAAGAGGGAAUUCGACGUGUGACCGAGAUCCGCAGAUCUCAAAACAAGGUUUCCCCGGAUGAAAACUUACAAACACCAAAGGUUAUUCAUUCCUUUGGAAGUUCUGUUCCUCUUGACCUCAAGUGGGUUCGGGCUACGGUUAGACACUAUCACGCUCCGGGAACAUAG